AUGGGUGCCAACGACGUUUCAAAUGCAUUUGGUACAUCGGUUGGAAGCAAAGUAUUAACGCUACCAAAAGCAUAUAUUUUAGCAACAAUUUUUGAAACACUCGGAGCAAUUCUUGUUGGUUAUAAUGUAACGGAUACAAUGCGAAAAGGUGUUGUGGAUACACAGUCAUUUGCCAAAACACCAAAAACUUUACUGCUUGGACAAGUUGCUAUACUUGGAGGUUGUUCUGCUUGGUUAAUAAUUGCAACUUUUGCUCGAUUACCUGUAUCCACCACACACAGUAUAACCGGUGCUACACUUGGUUUUGGUUUGGUAAUGAAAGGCUUUUCUGGUAUACAGUGGAGAACUAUCAUUAAUAUUGUUUUAUCAUGGUUUAUAUCACCGAUUUUCUCCGGCUUGGUUUCCUGUCUUCUGUAUUUGAUUGUUGACUGGACUGUUUUACGACAAGUAAACCAUUUAUUUCUUAUUGCUAAUCAACUGUUUUGUGGUCUGAAUGUAAUGUUAAAAUUAUCGAAUAUACCGCUAUACAUAUCAAUUCCAGUAAGUGUUGGCGCAGCAACACUUGUUGCAAUGAUAGUUUAUUUCUUUCUUGUACCUCGACUAAAAGUUUCAAUAACAAAGGACUGCAGUGAUGUAAAAGUGGCAUUUGAAGAUGAUAAAACUGACGAUGAAAAAAUUGAAGCAAUUAAAUAUUUUGCUACACCAGUCAAAAAAGAAUGUAAGAACUGUUUACUGUAUCAGUUGUACAUUUCUGAUAGUUGAAU